AUGGAAACGCGCUCCAGUGAAAGGGAUUAUGCUUUGGUGCUCGCGGAAGGAAAAGCAGCGGAUGAGCUUCGCCCCGGUCCCGGUGCUGGUAAAGAACAGAGACCCACAUGGGGCCGGCGUCUGGAGUUCAUCCUCGCCGCGGUCGGGUGUGCGGUGGGACUCGGCAAUAUCUGGAGGUUUCCUUACCUCUGUUACAGCAGCGGAGGAGGUGCCUUUAUUAUUCCUUAUCUCACAAUGGUAGUUGUGUGUGGUGCUCCCCUGCUCUUUAUGGAGUUCACAAUAGGACAAUAUACCCGUUUAGGACCUGUACAUGCGUUUGCCAAGAUAUGUCCUCUAUUUAAAGACAGAGACUAUCUACCCGGUCAAAACAAUCUCCCAUUGAUUUAUCGCUCAUUUCUUCCUGGUUUAUGCUCUGUGCUAAACAAGGGCCACAUGCAGGUGUUGUCAGCAAGCCAGCAGUUCUUUGAUAAUAAUCUUCUUGAAAAAACGAAAGGCAUAGAAGAAAGUGGUGGGAUCCGCUGGGAGCUCUUUGGCUGUCUGCUUACGGCUUGGGUCAUUAUCUAUUUGUGCAUUUUCAAAGGAGUUAAAUCCACUGGCAAGGUUGUGUAUUUUACAGCCGUCUUUCCAUACUUCAUCCUUUUCGCCUUGCUUAUCAAUAAUGUGCAGCUCCCAGGAGCUGUCAAUGGCAUACUGUUCUUUGUGACCCCAGUGUGGAGUAAACUGUUCCAAAUUAAGGUUUGGGUAAAUGCUGCUGCUCAAGUGUUUAACUCUAUUGGAAUCGCGUUCGGCUCGAUGGUUUCCAUGUCCAGUUACAACAAGUUUAAUAACAACAUCCUCAGGGAUGCUUUAAUUGUGGCAGUGAUAAACUCCUUCACAAGUAUCCUGGCUGGCUUCGUGAUCUUUUCUGCUAUUGGCUACAUGGCACACAUCCAUAACCUCCCUGUGGACAACAUUGCCACAGACGGUCCUGGAUUAGUUUUUGUGGUGUAUCCUGAAGUCAUCACCACCAUGCCAGUGUUCCAGCUUUGGGCGCCUCUAUUCUUUUUUAUGCUUCUAUGUCUGGGCCUAGACAGUCAGUUUGCCAAUGUUGAAGUUGCAAUCACCUUCUUGAAGGAUGAAUUUGGGACUAAAAUACUUCCGUUUGUCAAGAGAGAUGAGCUCUUGGUGUUGAUAGUGUGCGUGCUCUGCUUUUUACUGGGGCUGCCUCAUAUUACCAAGGGAGGCAUUUAUGUGUUCCAGCUAAUGGACCAUUACACUGCUGUGGUUUCGCUUAUGUUUCUGGCAUUUUCUGAAGUUGUGACUGUAUGCUGGAUUUUUGGAGUCCCACGCAUCUCUUACAUGGCCAAGAGAAUGCUAGGGAAGUCUCCAAACAUCUACUUCCGCAUUUGUUGGCUUGUUCUCUGUCCUGUUUUGGUCCUAUGUAUUUUGGUGUCCAGUAUCGUGCACUACUCUCCAGUGCGUUAUGGAAACUACGCAUAUCCAAAGUGGGCUGACGGUGUAGGCUGGGUCGUCUCUCUGGUGUCUAUAAUCUGGAUCCCGCUGGGGGCCAUGCAUGAGAUUUAUAUAAACAAAGGAUCUCUUUAUGAGCGAUUCACAGCAGCUAUUUCACCUACACUAGAUCUGGAUAUGGAUAACUUUCCAAGAGACGAGGAGGAAAGGGAAAACUGA